AUGCUACUAGUGCUUUGAACUUAACCUGCUCCUCCAAUGGCAGAAUAUGGGACGUUCGAAAGCUUAUGUUAAUUGAAACUGGAGCACUUGUUGAGGGUGAUGAUGACGGCUCCAGCUCGCCUGAAGUGAAACCGCCUCCUGUCCUAGAAGCAGAUCACGAGGCUGUCACGGAUAUUCUUUCAUCAAAACUUGGUCGGGGCUGUAUCCUCGGGCAAUUUGAGCAUAAAUACAGUGUCAGCUCAGCUUUUUGGGGACCUCGAGGGGGGAAAAUAGUGACAACGAUAAUUUGAGAAUUUGGAAUCUGGAUGCUUGCCUCUCAUCGGGGGGGAAAUUAAAGUUUCCCCAACUAAUAUAAAAAGCUAAAAAAGCUCAUAACUGUCAGACUGGACGUUUGUUGACGGUGCCGAAGGUUCAGUGGAGUCAGAAUCUCA